AUGGCGCUUAAUUCCCGCACCAGUCCUUUCCCGAUUUUCCGCUUGGAGGCGUCGCGAUUAAAUGCGCUGGACCAGGACUGUAUUCGCCGUAUGGAGUGCCGUGCAUUCUUGAGGAAUAAUUCCCUGGCCAAGACUAUGAAGAAAAAUAUGCGGGAAUCAUGUUUGGUGGAUGUGAGGUCCAGACGUGGGAAUCACAUGGUUGUUGCUGCAAGCCCUCCUACAGAGGAUACACUGAUUGGGACAGAACCGUUGACAAAAGAGGAUCUUGUUAGGUAUCUUGCUUCAGGAUGCAAGCCCAAAGAGGAAUGGAGGUGAGAACUAUUCAUCAUUCGUCCUCCAUGGCUUCUUUUCGUUGAUGUAAGUUUUAUAUGACACGGCGUUCUGACUUUCCACAUGGCUCCAUAUCUAGCCGUCGUGAUUUUAGUGAGCAUCGCUGUUGUAGUGAUGAUGGGGUGUCAAUUGACAUCGUAUUCAAGCCUAGUUGUCGUGAUGCUUUUUUAUCUCAGUGUUUUCUUAUCGUCCAUGCUUACUGUUUUAAGGCUUUAGAAAACAUUGUAAAUGGUUAGAUGGAAUGCGCCAUUCAUAAAUGAGAGAUAAAUAAAUAAGGGAAAAGUCGGUCAACAUUCGUGCAUUAAAGUCUCUUAGCAUUUUACUCGAUCAAGUUGGAAAAUUUCAUAAAACGCUAAAGAUACCCGAUUUCUGAAAUAUCCAAUAAGACGUGAAUAAUCUUAUUUUUUCAUGACAUAUGUGUUUUCUCAGUAUGCUAUCAGAAACCUUAUUGCCUAUAAGAAGAUGGGAAUGAUUAUACUAAAGAGUGCUGCCCUUCCCCAUUAGUAAAUAUCUUAGCUCACUAUCUCAGUUGGUCACAGUGACCGGCCUCUUUGGCUCAAAAGAAAUAUGUUUCCUUGGGAUAUCAUUCAUUUGUAGUUAUCAACUCUCAGUUCUCUAGUUCAUUGACUACCUUCUACUGGUAAUAAAUAUAUUUUACCAGGAUGUCAUAUGUUUCUAGCUAUCAACUCCUCUUUAUUUCGUAAGUGCUUUCUGUCAGUGUAUUUUUUAUUUGAUGAGAAUCUGGAUGGCAUUUUUUUUACAUAUCUAUUUUGAACUUUUUGCCACGUGUAUCUAGAUAGUGCAAUAUCACAUGUAUCCAAAUGCACCUGUUACUCAUUGAUUCAUCCUUAAAGCUUUUGAAUAUUAUAUUAGCUAUUUUUUUCUCUAUUUCUACAUUAAUGCCUAUGUACUUUCUCUGGACUGCAGCAUUUGGUCGCAUCCAUUUGGAUUAGAGGACCUACCUAAUUUUCUUCUAUGGAUGAGUUACUUUCAAAAAAUAUAUCUAUAGAUGAGAUGAAUGUCGUAAUGGAUUGGAUUACACAUUGUCAGAUGGGAAUCAAAGCCUGGAGCUUUGUGAUAUGGCAUGAUCGAAUUGAACCACAUUAUUUGCUUGCAUUUUUGGAGUGCUUUGAACUUCUUAGAAGAUUCCUAGUCUUUUCUCAAAAUCAUCUGGAACUGCCUAGAAUAGAGGCCUACAUAAGGACCAUCUUCAAGAAUUGAAGGUUGAUGAGAGCACCUUUGGUUUUAGAAAUACUUUUCUUCUAGGAAAAUUGUGUGUAUGUGUAUGAUUGUGCGUUGAUGCAGGAUUGGUACAGAGCAUGAGAAAUUUGGUUUUGAAGUUUCAACAUUACGCCCGAUGAAAUAUGAGCAGAUUGCUGCUUUGCUUAAUGGUAUUGCAGAGAGAUUUGAGUGGGAUAAAAUAAUGGAAGGAAACAACGUUAUUGGACUAAAGCAGGUGAAUUACAACACUCCUUUUCUGGUUGGAUUUUGCAUAUUAGUUUUUAUUGAUUGUAUUGAUCUCUUUAAUAUUCUUCAUAAAUAUUCGUCCUGCAUUUUAUUCUUUCGGAUCAUCUUUGCGUCUUCUCAGCCUUUCUAUGGAUGAUCAUUUUGCUGAUGAAGUCGUUGUUGAAAUCUUUUUGGAUUAUUGACGUCCUUUUUCGCAUGAUCUGAUUAAAAAAUUAUGAUGUCUACAUGAGUAGGGAAAACAAAACAUUUCAUUAGAACCUGGUGGUCAGUUUGAGCUGAGUGGUGCACCGCUUGAGACGCUGCACCAAACCUGUGCUGAAGUUAAUUCACAUCUUUACCAGGUAAGUCAAUGGGCACUCUAGCCUGUAUAUUUCCUUCAAAAGCAUCUUCACUGUUUAAGGAUAACAUACAACAAUUCACACUGUUCUAUUCACUAACCACUAACAACAAAUCCCUUCUACCUCUUCUAUCCACCAGUUGCUACUACUUUGCCAAAUUGCUCGUCCCAUUGGUCCCUUGAGUCAAUGCAUGAACGAUGGAAAUAAUCGGUUGAGGGUACUCCCAUCCGUAUGCUCCGUAGUGUGUGUGAGAGAGAGAGGGCUUCGAGUUUUUGUAAUGGGUAGAUACUUAUUUCUCCCCUUUGAAGAGCCUGCCGUUUUAGGGAUUUUUAGAUGGUGAGAAACAUGGAAAUGUUGCAUACUUGGUUAAUUUGAGAGGUAAUUGAUCGUAUAUAUGUAUAUAUCCCUCUCUUUUUAAUAUUUAAUACGUAUUCUGUUCUAUUCACUUUCGAAACAAUGAUGGCACUGCUGCCAGAUUUUCGAAGGAAUCUAAUCUUCUUCUGUUCAUUCACUUUUGAGCAACACUUAAGUCUGUACAAGCCCUUGCGCUACAAAGCGAGCAGUUCGUCUCUAUCUUCUGUUCGGAUCACACCUAUUGUUCUUAUUAUUUCAGAUGAAUUGUGUUCCUCCCUACAGAGCUAUUCGUUUCGAUGAAAAAAACGCAUGAACCAUUGCAGAUGCACAAAAAAUCCUUCCCUGUUAUUAUAUGUGGGACGUGGGCAAACUGUUUGUGAACUCACUCUUUUUUGGAAAGUGGACUGGAUCAUAAAUUUAUUAUGAUGCAUAUCUGCUUUUACUUCUUCUCCCUUUUAUUGCUCUUAGUUUCGUUCUUUUUUUCGUUGUAGAUAUAACGACUAUGGGGAUUAUUGAUUACAAUGAUAUCUAUUGACGAAAUGUUAAUAGGUAAAAGCUGUGGCAGAGGAAAUGGGAAUCGGCUUCCUAGGAGUUGGUUUUCAGCCAAAAUGGGGGCUUAAAGACAUUCCAGUGAUGCCAAAGGUAUCACUCUAUGUUGAUCAUUUAUAUUUCUGUUUCUGUUCAUUACACAUACUGACAUAGUGGGUGAAUAAACGUGUGAACUUAUGUUUAUGUGUUUCGAAAGUGAUGCGAAUGUACGUUUUUAGUUUAGAUGAGUUUUGGUUUCUGGGUACUUAAGUAGAGAUGCUUCACUGUCAUUGCGUGCGAAUCAUUACCCGUCCCCCCCAAAAAAACUCUACACUUUUUUAGUAUAACGGGACAAUUUUUUGUAUUUCAUACAUAUCACCAAUGAUGUUGCUGUUGCCUUGUAACAUAGACAAAUUCUUUGAAAAGUAGGUGAUAUAUGGUAUCAAAUUCCGUCCCAGUAAUCAGCAAAACCUGCAAAUAAUAAGAAAUUCCUAUUUUAGUUGAUAAUAUAUGAUACUGUGAUCUUUCUCUAUCCUUUUUUUUUAUUUGUAUUAUUUGGAAUGUGUUGAUUUGCUACUGCUCUAAGCAGGGAAGAUAUGAAAUUAUGAGGAACUACAUGCCUAAAGUUGGUUCACUCGGAAUUGAUAUGAUGUUUCGUACUUGCACUGUUCAGGUGAGGUCGUGAAUUUUAUUUUUUUUCUUGAUUAUGGUGCAAUUAGUUUGGCCCAUUUUUUUAAUCACAUUAAGAAUUAAUGCAUAUAGGUAUAUUCUUGACAGGUUAACUUGGAUUUCAGUUCUGAAAUGGAUAUGAUCAGGAAGUUUCGUGCUGGUCUUGCAUUACAGCCUGUAAGAAUUUUAAGAAUCAUGCUUUUCUGAUUUACUUUCCCCAAGAUUUCAUCCAUCUAAACUGAUGUACGCCUGGAUCAAGGUUGCAACAGCAAUAUUUGCAAAUUCGCCUUUCAGUGAUGGAAAACCAAAUGGUUUUCUCAGUAUGAGAAGGUUUGUACCUGCUGGUGUUUUCUCUAUUGUGGAUUGUGCCACAAUGAUUUAAUGACCUACAUUUAUCUUAUUCCUAAUUCUUUGGCAUCUUCUUCAGCCAUAUUUGGACUGAUACUGAUAAUGAUCGCACAGGGAUGCUUCCUUUUGUUUUUGAUGACGCUUUUGGGUAAGUAUUCCUUCCUGUUAUCUUUAAUAAAACUCAUAUGUAAAUUAAGAUGAGAUCCAACAAUUCUCUAAUGAUACCAGUUUUAUUGAUUUCAUCAAAUCAAUAUGACUUAUAAGGGAAUGAUUUCUUGAAAAAAAAAGUUUAAAAAAAACAAUAAAGUUCUCGGUUCUGUAGUUUAAACCAGUCGCCAUGUCUCUGAUGUUAUCAAGCUACAUUAUGCUUCUUACUUUUGUUCAGUAUACUGUGAUCUGACUAAUGUUAACUUAAAUUAGCUGAGAAUCGUCUCCUGUCGUGAUAUUUUUUUUAUAAGUUUUUCUAUCCUUACCUUCUACUUUGCUUCUUGUGCAGAUUUGAGCAGUAUGUAGAAUAUGCUCUUGAUGUUCCGAUGUAUUUUGUCUAUCGGAACAAGAAAUAUAUUGAUUGUACUGGAAUGUCCUUCCGGGUAUUCUUUUGUAAUUUCUUUCUUUUUUAUUUAUGCUCUAAUAUAUUUUUCUUUCUAAUUCACAGAAGCAGUUUCAUAUUCUUAUUUGUAAUGUAACCUUGAUGUGAUAUAUUCUUUGGAGAAUAAUGUUUCCAUUGUGUUUUUGUAGGAUUUCCUGGCUGGUAAACUUCCUUCUGUUCCUGGGGAACUUCCUACAUUGAAUGAUUGGGAGAAUCAUUUGACAACAAUAUUUCCAGAGGUUUGGAGGAAAACGGAAUCCUAUAUUUAUUUCAGUGACCAUGCUUAGGGUAAAUGAACGAAUGAUGAGCUUUCGGUGCAGGUAAGACUGAAAAGGUACUUGGAGAUGAGGGGUGCAGACGGAGGACCUUGGAGGAGAUUGUGUGCCUUGCCAGCAUUUUGGGUAACUUCGUGUUCAUUGGGUUCCUGUGAACUUCAUGCCGCUUUGUCAUAUUUUGUAGAAGUUUAGAGGCUCGGUGUUCUGUAAAGCCGUCACUUUGAGCAUCCUCACAUCUACACAUACCUUCUCCCUCUCUUCCUCCACACAUAGACACAAAUAUGGGUUUAUCUUGUGUGUCAUUCAAAGGGAAUCCAGAUGGCUUUCAAUGGUCCUGAAAAAUACGACUGUCAAAUUUCCGGUUGUCUUCCUUCCUUUUGAUGCUUGUUCUUUCCCUUGUAGGUUGGUCUGCUAUAUGAUGAAAUUUCAUUACAAAGUGUAAUUGACAUGAUAUCUGACUGGACCAAGGAAGAAAGACUGAUGUUGAGGAGAAAGGUACAUAAAUUUCUCAAAAUAUUCGUAGCUAAUUAUGUGUAUUUAUUUCUGUAUUAUCGCAAUAUAUCAACUGUAUGACGUAAUUUUUUACGUUUUAUUUUUGGAUACAAUGCAAAAGAAAAACUGCAUGUGGUUGUGACAUCAGAUUUCUUUGAAAUCUCGGCUUUUAUCAGGUACCUGUGACUGGUUUCAAUACACCGUUUCGUGAUGGGUUCUUGAAACAUGUUGCUGAAGAUGUGCUAACGCUGGCUAAGGUAUAACAGACGAAGAUUUCUUGUUCAUCAUCCAUAUCUCACGAAAAUGAUUGAUUCUCUUAUCCUUGAUAUCCUAACCUUGUAGGAGGGCCUGGAAAGAAGAGGUUACAAAGAGGCUGGGUUUCUAAAAGAGGUGACUGAGAUUGUCAACACAGGUAACAGAUUUCGUAAUUAGUUACCUUAACUAUAAAAUCUGAAGCCUUCUGUCGCUUUAUUUUUCUACUCUUUCUUUUCUUUUUCUUUUUCUUUUUUUUUGUUGGGGGGGGGGGGGAGUGGAGGAGAACGUUGGUAAUGAUGGGGCAUGUGCUGAAUGAUGACGUUAGUUUCUGUCCAUAGUAAAAGUAAAGGUCAACGAGAAUAUAAGUGCAGUAUAGGUGAUAAAAUCCAGAAUGAGUUUUCCGUGUCGGUUGAAGCGAAAAAUUGGAGAAAAAAGUUGAACCGUUGUUGUACUAAUGGAAACUAGGGUGAAUGCUGAAAGGUCAGCAUUAGGUACAUGGACAGGAUAAUUUCAAAAGGGUCCCUCAUUGUCCCAAUUCUAAUUCAUAGCUACAAUUUAUUUGACAGAAAAUUGUCAGAGCAUGAAAGACUGAUGUGCGUCUAGCACGGUAAUUUGCCCAAAAACUUUUAUAAACAUAAAACAUAUUACUAGUUUGCCAUCUUGUGACGUUCACAUUUUUGGUGAUUCUGGAAAUUUUAAGAGCAUCACCAACGGACCACACUAGAAAAUGGAACACUGAAAUGAUAUGAUAUUUAUGUAUAUAAAUUGAGCUUAAGACAAUCGCACUCGUCACUCUGUUAACACUUCCCUUUUUAAAAAUGGUCAGAUAAUGCAGUCACUCUGUUUUUUAUGGAUAAUCAAAUCCCAGACAAGACUUUUAGCUUGUUUUGAGAGCUAUCCCAUAUCGGUCCCCUUAAGAAGUAAAAUUUGUUCUUGUCACAGAACCUUGAACACAUACGACUGUCACAGGGGAGUGCCUAUGAAAGCCACGGAGGUAUUGGCAGACAUGGCAUAGGUGUCACAACUGUCGCCCUUUUCUGGCACUAUGGCCUCACUCCAGUGACGACACAUACUGUGACAGUGCCUUAAGGUGAGAUCUGUAAUGCUGUGGAUAUGGGUCUAAUAUUACACCGAUCAUAGUAUGUUACAUGGUCAAAAAAUAGAGGGACAUAAAAACUUACAUCCCAAGAUCAUGAUCCGCUUCAUAGCUGAAAGUAUCCCCCAUAUGGUAAGCUGUAGUAGCUAACGACGCAAAUCUUCAAGGUGCCAAAAGAAUUAUAUCGUCAUCAUCUGGGGAAAAAAAAACAGUGGUGACUCCUGGGAUCCAGUAAGUACAUCUCCCCUCAUCUUGUCUGAUCUCAGAGUUUACAGAUACAAUGACAGGAACCAUGAUAUGCCACUAAAUAUAAUCAAUAGUGGCAAUGCUUCCUGAAAAUAGGUAACCGCGGGCAACAGUUACUCAGUGUCUCAUUCUGAGUUAAACCAACUCCGCAAGAAUAUGCCUAUUGCUGUGGCCACAAUUGUGAUUCCUGGAGACAAUCACACCCGCGGGAGUACACAAAUGAUUAAUCACCUUCUUUAUUGUUCUGGUGUAAAUUAUGUGACAUUUAUCCAAUCUCACACUCGAGUGCAAUAAAUCCUCUUUACAAUUAGUCAUGCUUGUGUCACUUCUUCAUCCGCUUGCAAUGCAUUUGGUAGGAUUAUCUCCCAGCUCCUCUUGUGUACAAUCGCGAGCUUUUUGUUGACACUUUUACUAUUAGAGAUGGUGAUCAUCCUCAUUCAAAGGUAUCAGUGUCACUGGCAUAUUAACGCGUUUCACUAUUUUUUUUUAUUACUCGAUUUUAAACACAUCAAUACUGGUGAAGUCAUAAUAUCAAUAUUGGCUGAAGCAUGGGAUCGUAUAAUAAUUUCGUGAGCUGUUAAAAGCAUUCACGCAUGGUUUAAAUCAUAUUUAUCAAUUAGUUGUAACAAAACAAGCAUCAUAAUUGUGCAUGAUUAGCCGAUCUUACUAUCAUAUAUGUGAAUCUUUCAUUGGACCAAUUCAAGUUUACUUUCUUUGCAAUCAAUCAGAUUCCUAGAACUCUCCAGUUCUAUCAACAACUUACUAUCAUAACUUAAAUAAUAUAAAUGGUGGUAGUUACUCCAAUGGUGAUCUCGCAAGAUAUCAUAUUUUCGUCUCUUUAAUGUGGAUUUUCUUUAAACAGGAGUGACACCAGCUGAGAAGCUACUCGAGAUGUACCACGGAAGUUGGGGAGGGAAUGUGGAUCCCAUUUUUGAAGAGCUGCUUUACUGA